GUCACCCCGGGUCCCGGCUGGAACACAGCCAAACAAAACAAUGGAGUCCGCCUUUCCAACAGCUGCACGGCUCGGGCUCCAUGUCCCCCUCUACUCAUCGCUGCUCCUCAACGCCCUCUUCCUCGUGCACCACUUCCUCUCCGCCCCGCCGGCGCCGUCCCCACUUCUCAGCAAGGCCAACAACGGCGGCGGCGGCGGCGGCGCGCUGAGCUGGGCGCUACGGGCGGCCAGGGAGGCCGAGUCCGUGGCCAAAGCUGGAUGCUCCGGCCACGGCCGCGUGUUUCUGGAUGGCAUCGUCGGCGAGGACGGGCGGCCCGGGUGCGAGUGCAACACCUGCUUCGAAGGGCCGGACUGCUCCGCCCGGACGCCCGACUGCACCGUCGACGCCGACAGGAAGAUGGAUGCUCAUUUUGGUUUUGGGAGGGCGAAUACAUUGAUUUGUUGAUAGAAAGAAACAUAAUAGACGUUCACGCACUCCUUAGAAGAAUCGAAGGCCAUGAUGCGGCUGCAUGUGCAACUAGAGGGGAAGCAACGUCUACUUCUUUCGACCAAAGAUGAAGAAAGAAGAAUGCAAAAUAAAGAAUCCGCGGAUCAACAAUGAAUGCAUGGAGAAGAUAUUAGUCCAACUAGUGGGAGCAAUUAUGGAAGUUAGAAAUCUUCUAAAAUGCGUACUUGUGGUUCUUGUUUUCUUUGGUCUUGCUAUUCUAGCAAAGAUUUGGUG